CGAGCGAGGCGCGCGCGCGCACACACGCGCACACAGGGCCCCGCUCGCUCCGAGAUCCCCGGCCACGUAAGUAACUAUUAAUACCGCCUCGCCGAGAGAUGCGGGCGUGCUGAGCUCGGGGAUUGGCCUCGGGCACCGUCGGCCGUCCCCUUCAAUUUUAAAUACACAUUCCUCUUACCUCCGGGUGGAGGAAGAACAAAAUAAAAGAAGAAGAAAAGCCGUCAAUUUUCUCCAAAACAACCCCCACCAGGCAAUUCGGGUUGAGGGUAGGGGGAGACGGAGUGGUUGCAAAUUAUUCCAAGGCGAGAUCCAGUUAUCGAACGGGAAAGGAACGGCGCGGGUUGACUGGGCUGGUGGUGCAUACCCUUCCAGAACCGGGAGGACCCCCGGAAGCUCCUGCCGGGGAAAUCGGAGACCAUUGAUCUACCCUCGUCCCUGCGCGCCCUCCUCGCUUUAUUCGGAGGACGAUCUGGAGCGCGAGGGAGCGGCGACAGCAUGAGCCGGUGCUGACCUCCGCCCGGCGGGCCAAGCCCUGGGCUUUGUCGCGGUACCUGCGCCCGGCCCACAACUCCGUGCCCAGCUUUUGCAAUCUUUUGUUGGCAGCGCUGACCGCUCUAAGUUAAAUGCUCCCUUGCUAUUUUUUUUUUUUUUUUCUGUCUGUUUGUUUAAAUUUUGGAGAGCUCUUACGAUCUUGGAAAAGCCUCAGACGCCAUCUACAGUUAAAACGUAGGUAACUACCCUCUCCGGCACCCCCCCCUUCCACGCCCCCCACCCUUUCCACCAAAAAAGGGGGUGCAGCGCGUAUUCUGUCUGCGGUGCGGCGCGAGCCGGGACCCGUGCUUAUUUCCUUUUUCUUUUUGUUUGGUGUCUAACGCGCUGAGACCAGGCAGCGGCUGUGCGCUCCCCGAAGAUUGCACAAACUACAGCAGGGCUCCUCCGCCCCGUCUGCGAUUCGGCAGCCUGCGUGGGGAUCGCUUCGGGAGACCCGGCGCUGCAGCUCCCCACCUUAGCAAUCUGGUCACUCGUCUAGAUCCACGUUGGAAAAAGAGAAAGAGAGAAACUAAAAGUGCCAGGAUUCUGCACAUCGCUGGCGGCUGUGGGGUAACAAAAGGACGCGAGUUGCUGCCGACCGAGGACCCCCGGGAGCCGGGCUCGGAGCAGACAAGGUGCCCGGCGGCGCCCAUCUGGGGGCUUCUAACUCCUCCAAGUAGCCCCCUUCCCGUCCCCUCCCCUCUGGUUCCCUUUUAAAAUCCGUGGCACUGAGGCGCCUGCAGCCGCACUCGCCAGCGACUCGUCUCUCCAGCGGGUUUUUUUUGUUUGUCGAGUGCGAUCCCCACACCCAUGAACGUACACAGGUCUACCCCCAUCACAAUAGCAAGAUAUGGGAGAUCGCGGAACAAAACCCAGGAUUUCGAAGAGUUGUCGUCUAUAAGGUCCGCCGAACCCAGCCAGAGUUUCAGCCCGAACCUCGGCUCCCCGAGCCCGCCUGAGACUCCGAACUUGUCGCAUUGCGUUUCUUGCAUCGGGAAAUACUUAUUGUUGGAACCUCUGGAGGGAGACCACGUUUUUCGUGCUGUGCAUCUGCACAGUGGAGAGGAGCUGGUGUGCAAGGUGUUUGAUAUCAGCUGCUACCAGGAGUCCCUGGCGCCCUGCUUUUGCUUGUCUGCCCACAGCAACAUCAACCAAAUCACCGAAAUUAUCCUGGGGGAGACCAAAGCCUAUGUGUUCUUUGAGCGAAGCUAUGGGGAUAUGCAUUCCUUCGUCCGCACCUGCAAGAAGCUGAAAGAGGAGGAAGCAGCCAGGCUAUUCUACCAGAUUGCCUCGGCUGUGGCCCACUGCCAUGACGGGGGGCUGGUGCUGCGGGACCUCAAGCUGCGGAAAUUUAUCUUUAAGGAUGAAGAAAGGACUCGGGUCAAGCUGGAAAGCCUGGAAGAUGCCUACAUUCUGCGGGGAGAUGAUGACUCCCUCUCCGACAAGCACGGCUGCCCAGCAUACGUCAGCCCAGAGAUCUUGAACACCAAUGGCAGCUACUCGGGCAAAGCAGCCGACGUGUGGAGCCUGGGAGUGAUGCUCUACACCAUGUUGGUUGGGCGGUACCCCUUCCAUGACAUUGAGCCCAGUUCCCUCUUCAGCAAGAUCCGGCGUGGCCAGUUCAACAUUCCAGAGACUCUGUCGCCCAAGGCCAAGUGCCUCAUCCGAAGCAUCCUGCGGCGGGAGCCCUCAGAGCGGCUGACCUCGCAGGAGAUUCUGGACCAUCCUUGGUUUUCUACAGAUUUUAGCGUCUCGAAUUCAGGAUAUGGUGCUAAGGAAGUGUCUGAUCAGCUAGUGCCGGAUGUCAACAUGGAAGAGAACUUGGACCCUUUCUUUAACUGAGCUUACGCCCCACAGGGACUUAGCAGGUACCAGGAGCGAGAGAGGGCAGCGGAGAGGAGUUCUUCCAGGAACACGUAUCGCCUGGCUUGGUAGCAAGAAAGACACUGACACUCACGGGCUUCUUGGUUCAAAGAAGGAAAACCGUCAAGGAGCUGACUGAACAUGUAGCAUGGGGGCCAGAGAUGCGGGAUGGGGGCGGGAUCUGGGAUCCCGUCGGAUGGGCGGGAGACCCCUGGAGCUUCUCUUGCCUGAUGGAGUCCCCCGGAGACCACCCCUGUCAGUUGGGCCGCUUCCGCCUACCCCACUUUCCAUUUUGUUCCAAAAUAGUUGCAGAUCCUGAUAGAAUCAAAAACUCUCUGCCUCAAACACACAUCUUGGCAUCGCACUGUUAGCAUUUAACUUCUUGUCAUGAUUCAGGGAAGGUACCAUUGGCCAAGGGUUUUAGUUUUGUUUGUUUGUUUUCUUUUUCCUUUUUAAACAAGCCAGCCACCUAUCUGAUAAUUCACGGGGUUCAUUUAAAAAAAAUUCGGUGCACACAGACUGACAUGAAACCUGGGUGCUAAAACUCAAAGAAAAUAAAAGUCCAGUUUGUGUCUCUUAAUUGCGCUUUCCAACUCAUUUCUUCUGAAUAAACUAUUCAGUAUCCUGGUCAGGAAAUAACAUGUUAAUGCUUUGCUCCCUGAAGGGGGUUAAAAAAAAAAUCUGUCCUUUAACCCACUAUUCUGUUUUGUGUCAAUUGGGUUGUGGCAGGAAGCUAUUAGAAGUCAAACUUCCAGAUGCAUUACUGCUAUCAUAGUUUAAAGAAAGAUAAAAGAAAGGAAGACGAAAGGAAAAGAGGAAUUCAACUCCUUAAUUUUUUUUUUUUUUUUUGGUGAAUGAAGAGGGCUGCAUUAUAGGCACGCCUCUUUGCUGAGAUGGUAGUGUUACUGUGAGAUCCCAGACGCUCUUGGAGUCUGAAGCUUUUGUAACACUCUGAUCUCAACUAAACAUUUCGUCUUUGUUUUAUUGGCAACUAGUGAAAUGAAGCAGGUUGUCCCACACGUAUAAGAUACAGGGCAGCUAUGGAGUUUUCUGUACGGAGUAUAAUCCGUUUUGGCUUGGAAGGCCCUCUGGUUUGGACAAAAACCCUCAGUCAAGACAAACGGGAAGGAAAAUAAACUGAAAGCUAGGAUGAUAU